UUUGCAUUGCAUUUUGCAUUGAGAAUGUCGACGAUCAACGUUUCGACGAACGCGCCUGGCAAUCUUGGCCGCACCGAGAUGCUCGAGUGGGUGAACAGCACGCUGCAGCUCAACAUGGCCAAGAUUGAAGAGCUCGCGUCAGGCGCUGCGUACUGCCAGUUUGUCGAUAUGAUGUGGCCAGGCUGUAUUCCGCUGAACAAGGUCAACUUUGGUGCAAAGCUCGAGCACGAGUGCGUUCCAAACUUCAAACUGCUGCAAACCGUCUUCACCAAGCGAGGAGUUGAGAAGGUCAUCCCGGUCGAAAAGCUGAUCAAGGGCAAAUUCCAGGACAACUUGGAGUUUGUCCAGUGGUUUAAAAAGUUCUUCGACGCCAACCACGGCGGUGGCGAGUACAAUCCUGUCGAGCGUCGCGCAGGUGCGCCAGGAGCUGCUGCUGGCGGUGCAGGUGGCUCGGCCACUCGCGCACCCGCCUCGUCCGCUGCCCCGUCCGCUGCUGUUCGCCGCCCCACCCCGGCUGCAGCGGCUCCGGCCACCUCACGUGUGGCUGCUGCUCCUCGCCCUGCCGCGGCGUCGUCGACUACCGCUCGUCCGGCCGCCGCAACCACCGCCUCCGCACGUCCUGCCGCAGCUCCCGCCGCACGGCCCGCUGCCACUGCAACUACCUCAACUCCGUCCGACGUGACGGCUGCGGCGGUGACGCUGCUAUCAGAGCAGCUCAAGCAGCAGUACCAACAAACGAUUGACGCGCUCCGAACGGAGCUGUCCGAAUGCCAGCUCUCUGCAGCCAACCUCGAGCAGGAGCGAGACUUUUACUACGGCAAGCUCCAACAAGUAGAAGUCCUGCUGGACAGUGCCGGGGACAGCGCGCUCGCCGAAACUCUGAAAAAGAUCCUGUUUGACGCGGAGCCAACGGAAGGUGAAGGAGCAGACGCCGUCGCCCCUGCAGCCGAAGUGGCCUCAACCCCAGCAGCCGAAGUUGAAGAAUGGUGAUUUUUUUUUGUUUGUUAAAUAGCUUAUCGAUGCCUGACAUGAAGGAGUGUUGCGCCACCGAGAGGCGCGGUCGACGUUAUUUCUCUGUGAAUGUUUGCACCUAUUGAAUGAAAUGUUGAUGGU